AUGUCUUCCCCGCCAAUCCCACCACGGCCGCCACCGCUGCCCCACGCCUCCCCCACCACCACUGCCACCGAUUCCUCCACUACUGCCGCCGCGUCGACGGGCACUACGGCCUCCCUGUCGGCGCCGCUCUCCUCCGCCCCCGGCACCACGCCGGGCCAGGGCCAGCCGCAGCUUCCCAUCCAGCAGCCAUCGCCGCAGCUUCCCAUCCAGCAGCCAUCGCCGCCGCCUUCCCCCCCGCCGCCCCCAUACGGGCCGCCCCCACCGCUCCACCAGACCGCGGCCACGGGCCAGCAGGCGCUGGCGGCUCUCACCGGCGGCUACCCGGCGCUUCCCGCUCCGGCGGCUUCGACGACGCCCUGGCCACAAUGGCCGACGCCGUUCACGGCGCCAACCGCGCCGUCCGCCUCCACGCAAGGCCCGCAGUGGCCGACCUGGACCCCACCAUCCGCGCCACCCUCCACCGUGCCGUCCCUCCCGGCGGCCACGGCGCGCGCUCCACCACCGCCACCGCCCAACCCUGGGCCGGGCGGGUCCUCGCCGAGCGGCCUCCCGAUCCAGGAGGUCCGCUUUCCUUCGUCGCCAUCGCUGCUGCCCGACUGGCUCCACGGGCCGCCGUCGGCUCCCACGGAGGCCCGACCCCCGUCAGGGUCCCCGUGGCAGCCCGAGGCGUCGGGCGUCUCAGGGCAGUACGUCGGGCCGUCUACCCUGGACCGGGCGCCGUCCUCCGCCCUCCGCACCGCCGAGGCCGUGGCCCCGGGCGCCCCACACCAGCAGCCGCCCUGGUUCGCCAAAAUUGACUUCGCCACGUACGACGGUUCCGAAGACCCGCUUAACUGGCUAAACCAAUGUGACCAGUUCUUCCGCGGACAGCGCACGCCCGCGUCCGAGCGCACGUGGCUGGCUUCCUACCAUCUUCGCGGGGCCGCCCAGACCUGGUACUACGCCCUCAAGCAGGACGAGGGCGGCAUGCCACCGUGGGAUCGCUUCCGCGAGCUCUGUCUUCUUUGGUUCGGGCCACCGGUACGCGGGAGCCGCUUGGCCGAGUUGGGCCGCCUAUCAUUCACCUCCACGGUGCAGGAUUUCGCCGACCGCUUCCAGGCUCUAGAGUGCCACGCGCCUGGUGUGACAGCCUUACAGCGGGCGGAGCUCUUCGUCGGCGGCCUUCCCGACCACAUCCGCGUGGACGUUGAGAUGAAGGGACCACAAGACCUUCAGACGGCCAUGUACUACGCGCGGGCGUUCGAGCAGCGUGCCCAGGCUUUGACGUCGCCGCGGCCAUCCGCGCCGCGUGGGGGCCGCCAGCCUCCCCGCCCGCCUCCGGCAGCACCGGCGUCCUCUACCACCGCCCCGGCCGCUACCCCAGCCCCGACACGGCCGUUCCGGCGCCUCACUCAGGCGGAGCAGCUGGAACGCAGGCGCCUGGGCCUGUGCUUCAACUGCGAUGCGCCAUAUGCACCGGGCCAUGUUUGUCCGCACCUUUUCUACCUGGAGACGACGGACGAGAUCGAGGAUGACACCCCGGAGGCCGACCUCGGCGCCCCGACUCUUGCGGAGCCCGCAGCGGCACCCGCACCGGGCCCGACUACCGCCUUCGUGGUGUCCCUUCAUGCGCUGGCCGGCAUCUGUGAUGAACGGACGAUGCUUUUACCGGUCAUUAUCCAUGGCGAGCGCCUAGUGGCCCUCCUGGACACAGGUUCCACGCAUAAUUUCCUGCCAUAG